CCCGCAACCAGAGAAGAGCGUGUGUGUAUGUGUGUGCGUGUGCGUGAGUGUUUUUUGGGAAAGUGUGAUACGAGUUUGUUGUAAUAUGCGCGUAUCGUGAGACCCAAGUGCUGGCGUGGGAGCGUGUGCCUUACUUUUGUUUUUUUGCUGCCCCCUCGAGAUCGUUCCCUAAACCGGGGGUUAUGUUUGCACUUACCUUGGUCCGCCAUGGGGAGACUCUGCACAACAAAGACAACGUCAUUCAAGGCCAGCUGGAUGUACCGCUGUCGACCAUCGGCCUGGAGCAGGCCGAGCUGCUGGGCAAGCACCUGCAGCAGCAGAGGUUCACCCACGUCUACAGCAGUGACCUGUCACGUGCCAAACAGACGGCCCUGUCGAUCUUGGAAAAGAAUCAGGUGACCCCAGGGCCUAUUGUUGAAGACCAGCGGCUACGAGAGCGGAAAUUUGGCACAGUGGAAGGCCGGAGCUUUGGCUACCUGAAGGAGGCUUCCAACAAGGCCAAUCAAUCAGUGAGCUCCUACACGCCACCAGGCGCUGAGACGCUAGACCAGGUACGGAAGCGCGCAGUCUCCUUCUUCGAAGACCUCUGCCAGCUUCUCCGCGGGGCAUAUUUGACGGAAGACCAGGAAAACAUGAGCCCUAGUAAACGUAAACGCGAAGAGCAGACUCCAUCACUGCCACCAUCGCUGAGCAGCUCGCCGUCUGCUUUCCCACCCUCCCACAAUUCUGCAUCAUCAGCUACAACACCAUCUUUUGCCGAUGAACUCAUCCGCGCUGCACUCGGCCCGAGCACCGAUGAUGCGGGCAUCGCGGCGACAGAUCCAGCCCCCAACGUCUCUCUCUCCCCGCUCGUCGAGCAGUGGCCCACCAGCAACCCGCCGCGGAAGCUCUCGGCGUGCAGUUCGUCGGACGAAGGCGACGGUGUUGGGGGCGGGGGAGCGCUGCUGGCGAGCGUCCUCGUCGUGAGCCACGGGGCCCUCCUUCGUGAGAUGGUUCGGCACCUCGUCGAAGACCUCGGCUGCUGCGUGCCCGGCGGUCGUAACCAGGCACUGCGCAUCAGCCCCAACGCAGGUAUCUCCAAGUUCACCGUUUCAGGCCCACGCGAUCGGCCACGCAUCGUCUGCCACCUGAUUCAUGACAGGCAGCACCUAAUGGGCGGAAGCGCCUGUCCAAUCGUGAGCAGCACCGAAUCGAUACCGCGGCGGCGAGAAAUGCAGCCGGCUGGCCUAUCGGCGGAUGCUACAGCACUUUAGUAGGGGGGGGGUGGGUUGCCAGAGGCUGUGAACUGAACUGUUUCGUUUUUGUGCUGGAAGCAACCUUUGUUUCUUUUUUCCUUUUUUGUUGUUUCGUGAAGUGGCAGCAGCUGCAGCAUUGGCAUGAAGGUCAUCUGACACUUCAGCACUAAGCUGUGGCUUCCACGUGCCUCGCUGACAAAAGAGGCAGUGAGCUUGUCUGCUGACGGAACGGCACUCUAGGAGGCAGGCAACAAGGACGGGUCUGUCUUGUUUUUGUGCUGGAUGUGCAUUGCUUAUUUUGUUUUUACAUUCUUGUGCUUCCACGUGGAAGCAGUAUUUUGCACUUCAAAGAAACAGGACAUCUGCAGUGGGAACACAAAGCAAUGUUCACUUUGUAGCAUCUUCUGUCUGUAUAGCCGGCAGACGACAGACGCGGGGGGCACUCAAGUGCGGGGGGGGGGGGGGGGGGUACUGCUGCUGGUUGGUCUGCCUCGAUUUUUGUGCUAAGUGGGCGCAUUUGUUUUUGUUUUGGUCAUCUGUGUCAUGUGGAAUCAGUAUUUUGCACCUUGUAAGACUGGGACGUUUGACAGCUGUAGCAGCGAGCUUUUGUUGAGCAGGGGCCUUUUCUGGAAGCAUUGUUAACAACGUAGACUUCGGCCGCAGCUGGCAGCUUUCCAUAAGUCGGCAGCAGUUGACCAAACUCUCCAAGGACGUUGCACUGUAAGCCAGGUUGACCAAACGGUGAAGGCCAGUUCACUUGUGGUCCCAUGACACUGGUAUUCCAGGACUGGUCAUUAAUUGUUCUACCCCUGAUCUUUGACUAGUAUGGUAUACUCGUUUGCCAAGUUCCUUUGUUCUGUCUUCCCGGUAGCUCAGGUGCCUGUGGCUUUUUGUUUGUGUCCUCCCCUCCCUCCUAUACUCUCGUUCACUUUUUGUUUUUUGAACCAGUGACUGUAGACAUCUGAGAAGGAAAUAAGCACUAGCAAUGUUCCAAACAUUUGUUGGUGCAUCACCUGCGACAAAUUUCUCACUUUGGUGCUGUCAUCAUCAGAGACAUUAUUUUAGUGUGUAUGCAUGAGGACUGUUACGCACUUUUUCGUAAAAAACGUGACUUCCAGAAUGUGGCCACAAAACGGAAGGCUUUAUGCGCACUUGGAAUUCUUUGCAGUCACCCCAAUAACGUACCUGUGGUGUCUAUUUUUACUACUAACAGACAAGAAAUGUGUUGAAGGCAACUGAUGGCUGUUGCAAGCCGAAAAAUGCACUUCUGUGAGCAUACAGUCGACUCUCAUUAAUUCAAACUCAAAGGGACCCCGGGAUUUUGUUUGAAUUAUCAGAAGUUCUCAUAUACAGUAGAAGCCCGCUGAUACGUUUUUCACGGGACCGUAAAAAAAAAUGUAAGAGCCGGGGGAAACAGGAAAAGUUGAGAAAUGGGAGUUGUGUUGAACUGCACACAAUAUUUUAAUUCUUACGUGUGAAAAAAAAAACUUAGUUUCGCCCAACAGCCGAAGUAUCGAUUGCGAUAACAAAUUAGUAGACAGCUAUACAAAGUAACAAUAGUAGUUUUAUCGUCCGUAUAAACUUGUAAACAUUCGCUUAUUAACUAUAUUAACAAGCAUGGUGUCAGCGCCCACGGGCAAACAUGAACACAUCACACUCGAUGAGCGCGGACACGUGCUGUUAAACACUGGCGUGAGGAAUUUAAGCGCCGCGGCAGAAGCGAGCGAAGUGACCUUCGUGCUGUCGUUUAUCGCUUCCAUGCAAACUGAGGGCCGAGAACACACAGCACGCACGAAGCUACGAGCCACCGCCGCACCUACACUGCGUAGACUCUGCCCCCAAUGCAGAUCGCUUUCAAGAUAAGGCCCGCGCACCGCCAUGCAAUACGCAGUUGAUGCCAGAGCAAAACGCUGCCCACUAUCCCUCCCCCCUCUAUCCCUCCUAUCCUCCCACUAUCCCUCCCCCCUCGCCAGUGCCUAGAGCGCAACGGAAGAAGGCGCACUUCCUCCCUGCUUUUAUUUCUUUCACGCGCGAGAUUUAGACACGGUCGUCGGCUCCCCUCACACGCUUUCACUCGCACAUACAGCAUACGGCACGCAGCGACGAUGUUAUCGCCCUUGGACUUUAUACGGAACAUCUAUGAGCCAAAACCAAUUUUAGGGCCCCAACGCGUUAUAGACACCAUCUUUAGAUAGCAAAUACAGAUCUCAAGGGCCAUACUUUUGCUGGCGGAAACUGAAAAUAUGUCAUAAGUGUCGCCCCCGGCACUUUGUGCGGCCAAUGCCAUCGUCAAGCAACCAAUCCAAGCGACAUGAAAAGUCUAAAUGGCCGCUGGGACCGGUGCGGGGUGGCAGUUCUCAACGUAUGAUGCGGGAACGGUCCCACAGCUACGACGUAACAGCGGGGUUACCAAUGCAUUGGGUCCUAUGGGAGCUGUGCCGGGACCGGCCGAAAACGACGUAGCAGCCGGGAAAACGCAGAACCCGGUAACGGUAACAGCGGGGUUCUACUUAUAUGACUCUGGGAAAGGUGACAGCACACAUUAUGAUUAGGCAUUGAUGGUGUGCAAGUUAUAUGUGAAUUUCAUCUUUAGGUGUGGCUUCACGGCGCGCGCUUACCUAAAGCCACACCUAAAGGCAAAAUUCGCAUAUUGGAGGGGGGGGGGGGGGGCAACUUCGAGGCUAAAAAUUCUGGGUAAAAGCCUCACCUUAUAUUCGAAUAAAUACGGUACUUCACCAAAAGUAGCCUCCUGAAACUACAAAAAGAAACCCAUACGAGUCACCUCAGAGAGCAUUGUAGUUCAAUAAGUUAGUUUUCUAGACAUGGGUGAAUUUUUCUUGAACUACAAAGCUUUCUGUUCGAAGAAGCUGUAUGGAUUUGCGUGUGCAUUGUGUGUGUGUAAUCAGUGCUACUUCUGGGUGGGUGACAAUUUUUUUUUUCCUUUGAGCAAGAAAUCUAACCAAAACUUGUAACACAAGUAAUUUGUUGCAGCAGUGUUAAGGUACAGUUUGAAUGGGUACAGCUUGAAUUGUAGAUUCUUUGUGCAUAUUCAAAUUACAAGCCUCACCUUGUCAACCACACAGUAUAAUUGCUUAGAUAAAAAAAUUUUCUUACAUCUCUCCAUGUUUGGAACCUCCAACAGUACUUUAUACAAAUGGAAGCAAUUAGGUUGUUUCCAGCUUUGAUUGACAGCCAUAGAUUUAUAAUCUUUGUUCAAGAAAUGCUUCUUCUUGCAUUAAUGUCUUACGCCUGUGCCACACGGAAGAGGUUAAUGCAGUUGAGUGUCUUGGACCUCGGGUUUCUUAAUGCCGUUAUGUGUAAAGUUGGUGUUGCGUAACCCUUCGGUUUUAAUGACAACAAAUGCCAUGAUAAUAGCUGCAGUAACUUCUACAAGCCUGUUUAUCUGUUCAUAAUUGUAACAACCUUUUUAUGUAGAACAAUUUUAGUUUGCUUUAUAAACUUGUUUUUCGUGUAUCCAUGACUGCUAACGCUAGGAGCUGAAGUAUGCAUUCGGCAGCUGAAUGAGUUGUGAGAAUGCACUACACUUCAACUGGCAUUAAGCUUUCAUGCCAUUAAGUAUGCCUGUUUGGCUUUGCAUAAAUGACAAUAAACUUUAAACGCCGUUAAGCAUUUAGUGUUUUUCUGGUACUGUGUAAUGCAGUUAUCAACAGCGGCUGAGCAAGAGAAGCCUCAGGCUAGCUUCAACGUUUCGACGUAAGGACUUAGCCUCGUUUAGGGUAUUAGGCAGGUUUUUAAUAUGUCCUCUAGUAACACUAGUAUAGCUAAAACAAAAUUUCUCUUUCGAUUUCGCAUACUGAGGCACUGCGGAGAAUUGUGUUGAUUUCGCAGUUUUGACAAGUGCAUCCCCCAGGGAUGCAAGAGACAUUGAAAAAAGCUGAGUGAAGGCACCGUUGCGCUUCGUUCAGUCGGCUCUGUCACUGAGCGAGGGCAGCAUCCUACAUUACGAUGUCAUGCGCACACGCACCAACAUUCUGACUGAGCGGCUGUGUGCAAAUUAUCGGGAUACAUACUCCAGUCUGAGUGGAGCAAACUAAACGCUCGGCUAAAACUCUCUGUUGCAUUAUCUAAUGUUUUCCAACCAGUGUGCUAGAAACAAAUCUUUGCAGUUCAGGAAUUAUGAAAAAUUGAAUUGUGGAGACAAUAUGAAUUGUGCUAGUUAAGAGAAGUGGUAAUGAAAUGUCACUGUUUAUUUGCCAGCGACUUGCAAUUAGUAUAUGUAAAGAUCCUUAGCUGGGUGUUAUUUUACAACAGUCUAAAAUGAACUGCCAAGGGUCACAGGGUAAAUUGAGGAGCUGUACUUCAGCUUAUGGUGAUCUGUCUUGUAUUUCUGUGCUAUCUGUGCUUUUUAGUUUCUGCCUUCCCGUUCCUCCCCUUUAUUAUAAGGUUUAGUUGAGCAGCUUUGCUAUCAUAUCAGAAAAAUUGCAUUGGGUUAGCAGCAUCAGAAGAUGAACUGAGAAAGGUGAAGAUAAUGACUGCAACACUUCUUUUUAAGCUUGCUGGAGUAGGCUUAGGCUUGUAAGAUGAAGGUGUCUAAAAAAUUCAUCUGGGCUGAGGCUGUCAGUGCUGCUAUCUUUAGGUAAACUUUUAUAUUAGAGAAUUUUAGAGAACUUCGUUUUGCACAAGGAUGUGAAAUGAAAUACCAUAAUUCUCUUCACGUUCUUUGUCUCGACUCAUUUUUUAAGCCUCCCCGUGUAUGGAAUUUGCCGCUGUGGUAAUUAAAUUACAAGUCCCGUGGUGUUCCGAUGGUGUUUAUUGCAUUUGGCUGCAGCUUAUUUGUGUACUCGGUAAAUCCAAAGGGUUUUAUAUUUUACUGGCAGGGUAGUAUAACUGCGGCGUUGUCUGAAUAUUGAGAUAAAUCCCCACUUGCUCACCGCACUGCAUUUUGUACUGUGGUCAUAUUGUGAGCUUACAGUUGCCGAAUCAUCACCACAUCUAGCUUUUGGUCAGCAUGCACUUCUGCUUUAUUCAGCAGCAUGCCUCCUCCCAGCCAGAUCGCUUGCCAAUAUAAUUUAAGCCUUUAAUCCCUGAAUUAUUUCCAGGACAUACCGAAUUUCCCAAAAUUUUUAUGUAGUCUUAAUACUUUCGAUGUAAUUCUGACUUUGGUUUCUGGUUAGAAUUAAUUGGCACUGAGAGCAGCACAACAUAUGGCUGAACGAGUGUGGCUCGUUAUUGGUUCAACCUCCCAUGACAAGUAGAGCUCGGGAUUGUGGGUUAAAGGGUUAAACCAAUCAAUCGGUGAAAGUCACUGUCGAAAGAAAAACAGCGCGCACACGACAAUGGGGACAGAUGUAUAGGCGAUGCCACAGUGCUGAGGGGCUCAUGCGCGCAAUGUUUUCCGUUCAUCAAAGAUGCAUCAACAAGCCCAAGUCUCUAUUGAAUGAGUCGUGCUUCACUAUAAAGCCUGACAGCCUAUAUUUCUCACAUGCGUGCUUAGAUUUAGCAUGGCGUCUUUUACUCCUGUAAAUGGCACUGUUGCUUCUUUUCUGUAGCAUUCCAUGUUUUAAAAUUAAGCAUUGAUGCUGCGUUAUAGCAAGUUUCUCUUUCUUUCUCUACAUUCAUGAUUCACUGGAUUGAUAGGGGUUUAACUUGGACAAACGUGGGCCAUCAUAACUGCCACAGCAGUGGGUUAUGGGAUUUCAGCCGCCUGGGGUUCUUUGGGGUGCACCCAAGGCUUGGUACAAUCCAAUGUUCAUGGACUGUGGGAUCUAAGAAAACGUAUUUGGGAUCAUUGGUUACUGCGGCCUGUAAAACCAUGCAACAAUAUGUUGUUUGAAUAUUACUAGUAGAAGCUGGAAAUACAAAUACCAGUCUGCGGAAUAUUCAGCAUUGUGUUGGAUCGUGUGGUUUGUAGACUUGACUCCAACUGUAUGCGAGUGUUUUAGAGCACAGCUCUUGGGCGCCCGUUCCUGUGUUGAGCAUCGGCGUCCCUUGGCGUAACCAAGCGAACAAGCACAGCGAAGGAUGAAAGAGUGGACGCGAAGCGCAGUGGAGGAUGAAAGAUGGUGAUAGCGAAGAGCGCGAAGAGGAGAGUGCAGCAGAACCAUGAGGCGGAAAACAGAGGAGGAGGGUAUGGCGAAAGCGUGAGAAGAAAAGCGUAGUGCCGUGCAAGAUGUGCUCUGCGGUGACGACUGCUACGGCGCGUCCUCCAAUGCCAUAUUUUGAAACAAAGCGCGGGCAUGGGCUUCGGACCCACUGCGCUACUUCGCCUGCAUCACCACCACUAGAGCAUGCGUUCCACGAGAGGCACGCGUUCCUGUGUUCACGCUUUCUUUCUGAACAAUGAGCGACGUAACUGGUGGAAAUGCUUCGUCUGCCACUGCUGCUAAACGAGCUGCCCGAGCAGAGGUUCAGUGCCACUGCCCCGUCUUUCGGAAUCAAAUUCUUUGCCACAAUAUAUAGCCAAUUGAAAAUACCUAAACAGCUGCACUCAAAAUUUGCAUUAGGGAGUUUUGUAAUCGGCAAAAUUUUGCAUCCCCCCCCCCCUGCCAUUGCAAUUAACGCAGCCGCGAUGGCUCCGAAUCAAACCGGCAACCUUUCUCGUGCUUAGCUGCAGAACCCCAUGGCUGGUAAGCCACUACGGCAGGCUGGCCCUUCAUUCUUAGUUGAAGCAUUUGCCUACACACUCGGAAUUUUCUGUAAUAAUUUUUUUGCGCUUAUUCUGGGAACUUCGGUGUCUGCAGGUUUUCACGCAUUGUUGACUUUUCUGCCUAGUAAUUCGAUUUGCAUUGCGAGAAGAGCCAGCGAAAGAGUUGUCGUCGUCACCUCAUUACAGAAGACGUAGAGUUGUUCGCUGAGAAGGCAGAUGUGGGCAAAUUGAAGUGUUCUUAAUUUUGAGGACUAUGGUGUUCCUGAUUUGUGUUCACGAUUACAUCAAACACGGAAAGAGGUAACUUGCAGAACUGGUCACACACACCUCUGCGAGUGCUUCACCAAUAUGGGAAGCACUGUGGCUAUAUUUUAGAGCAGUUGUGUUCAGUUCACAUUGGUCAUCAUGCCAAUUAUGCCUAUCCUGCGAUUGUUCUUGGUUCAUGUUCGAUGUUCAAGCUCUUGGUUCCUGUUUAUGUGAUAGAGGCAGGCAGGAAAACGACAACGUGCAGAACUGUCUGCUCACACCUUUGUGAGCACAUUGAUAGUACGGGAAGUACCGGGAUCAUAUUUCACAACAGGAAGUUUUAGGUUUUGCAUAUGCAAAGCGCCACGUGCUCCUUUGGGGUUCCUUUGUAUACCUUUUUGCAUUCUAUUGUAAGCCUGACGGUUUGUAUACACAAAAUUUAAAACUUCUUAACGACUAUGUCCUAGCCAUACCGGCAAUCUUGCCACUUCUGGCAGUCCCGGCAAUCGUUCUUUGUUUAUCUUUAUGAUAAAUGCAGACACGGGGGAAAAAAUAACAUGCAGAAAUGGCUGCUCACACCUUUGCAAGUGCAUUGACAGUAUUCCGUGGAAGCACUGUGGCCAUAUUUCAUGACGGUUAUGUUCUAUUCAUGCCCGCCAUUGUGCUAAUGUUACCAAUACUGGCAAUAAUGACAGUGAGGCUGAGUGCAGGCUCUUGGUGAGAGGCAUCAAAGUGUGGAUCCUGAAAACAAUAGUCACAAAAUCUAAACCACAAUUUAGCAGGGUUUGGAUUUGAUUAUGCGCAGAAAACUAGGUGGGGUGAUGAGGUUAGGAAAUUUGCAGGCGCAAGUUGGAAUCAGCUAGCGCAAGACAGGUGAUUGGAAAUCGCAGGGACAGGCCUUCGUCAUACAGGAUGAUGAUGAUGAUGUGCAGUCAAUUACUGCAGCAGCUCUAGCCCAUGUGAGUUUUUUUCACAAAACCGGCAGCAUGUCAUGGCUGUAACGGCCAGAUAAGUUUCUUCCGUCUGCUUCCUUACUGUGAUUGUGCCAGAGCUGGCGUAGCACCAUACAGUUAGUACCUGAUUAAUUGACACAAAGCCGCAAUUUCUGUCACGCUUUCCACAGGCGACUUAAGAUUGUGGUUCAUAUUGCAUGGUGAUGUGUUUUUACAGUUCUGUUAGUGUGUAGCUUUUUUUUUUUUCUCAGUGUUGAAAUCUGUUGUUACUGCCGAUACUGCUUUGAAUUCUCUGUGACUGAUGUUUGUCGACUGUGUUUUGCAGUAUCUAGCUUGGUUACAUUGUGCUGGGAAAAUUACCGAUCUCCUUUUGCUGAACGGCUGUGCUGGGUAUGGAACACCGUGUGGUUUGUUAUCCUGGGAGACAUCAGAAUGAGAACUUGGUUGUUUUGAGCAAUUAAAUGCUUAUGAAAGCUGCGAACACCCAGCAUACCGCAACUGCCAUCUUUAGAGCCCAGCCAUGAAAAACUGCCACGGCUUAUAGAAGGAAUGUGUCGUAAGUGUGGAAACAGGCUGGAUAUCUGGGAAAGUUGUUCCACUUAUUAUGAAAGAUGGCAGAUCAGACAGCUAUAUGCAGAUAUGCACUUGCAUUUUCUUUGUGUGUAGUAGCUGUCUGUCAUUCUGCUUUCACUGUGAAAGGGAAAGAAAGUGGAAAAGCAUAGUGAUUUGGUGAUGUGGCAAUAUUCUAAUUGAAGAACUUGACAAAGUCAUGGCAACUCUGGCAUUCAGAUGUUCAUUAGAGCUUUUCUAAAAAAUGUGCUAACUUUGAUCCAGUGAGCACCUUUGUAAUGGUGCCAUUUUAUCUGUCAACAGACUUCCUUGAUAGUUUUCUUUCUUUCCCUGACAAACUCCAGAAGAUCAGUUUUGAAGACUAUCGCUGGGAAACAUCUUGUUUUACUGCCCUCUGGGUUGUACUUGGAAGAAGUUAAGAAUAUAUGUGUGCUUUGGUGUUUGGAUGGCGGAUUGUGUGUUGCUCCAUUGGCAGUUCUUUGCUUGUUUAGCAAGCAACUUUCAUGCUCUACUCUGUUCAUGCUACACAGCUUUUUUAUUCACUGUUUUUGCAAGUUCCUCAGCAAAAGGAGCAGUGUUGCACUCUGUAGCCCAGAGAGAGAAACCACUCUGUAUAUCUUUUCUGCGGUGUGCAUUUUGCCCUCCUAGGACAGGUGGCGCCGCUGUUCCUUUUUCCGAGGUUACAUUUUUUCAAUCCAGCAUCGUAACAGACAAUGUGCACUUCUGGUUUAUUGCACAUGAAACGGACAAGUACUGCAUUCAAAUGUGGUAUGAAACAAAACCCACAUUGAAGUUUAGGUUAUGAGCAAAAUUUAAAUGGGUAAUAAGCCAGCAGUCUGCCCAAAACAAGCCAUUUAUACCGGCCUUUGCCAUCGAUGCAGCACUGUACUUUUUUUUACUUGAAAACAACCAUUGCACCCACCGUCUGGAGCAUUUGCUUCCAGACAACAAAGUUCCAGGCUUUCAUGUUCAGCAGUGUGUUGUAUUCCUAGUUAUUGUAUCUGGGCAUAACAGUUCAUCACUGCAAGAUAAACGUAUCAGAUGUGAGAAAAUGGUGAAUUUGCUGAGUCAGUAAUUGAACGUGAUGCAAAAAGGCGCUGAAAGCCCAAGCAGGUGAGACGAUGCAAGGGCUGACAGCCAACUAAAAGGAUUACUUGAGGAAACAGCGUAUGUAUGAGCACAGAGUUAAGACGCCAAAGAAUAUCACAUAUUGCAGACAAGCACCAGACAACCAGGGCACUGAGAGCUAUUUAGUGAGGCCCAGAUAAUGGCGUUUUUCACUGGUCGAUCUGGAGCGGCCGCCGAAAUCCUGGAGCGAGUGCUCGCAAUUCACCAACCCUAAUCUGCCAGCGGAGAGCGAAAAUGCUCCGCGCUGGAUCGUACCGGAAGUCUGCGCACACAUGUCACAAAAAUCGACUUCCGCUCUGCAUGUUUCUAUGGCCACCAAGAUCGCCGUCCUCCAGCACGCGGAAGUGACAAAUCCUCUCGUUCUAUUUCCGCCUGAAUCCGCGUCUCGGCAGCGGAGCAAGUGAGAGCGAUCCGGUGCGGAGCGAGUUGAUCCGGAACGACCAGUGAAAAGCGCGAACCCGCUUCAGCUCGACCAGUGAAAUUCGGAUUCUGAGCUGUGGAGCAAAAAAUCCUGCUCCAGAUCAACCAGUGAAAAACGCCAUAAGACAUAUCUCCUUUUCUAGUGUAUCGUUGGAGAAGGCUCGGAAGCACAUGACUGCAUCCUUGCAAAUAAAGAAGGCUUCUACAAUAUUGAGAAAGAUAAUGAUUUCCUCAGAAUUUUUCAAGCUGGUUUACAGUACAUAACUGUUUAAUGCCACUCCUUGUUAGUCUUAUUUUCUGGUGUCUUAACUUUUUCAUGCGCUUAUGUCUGUAUGUCGCUUUUCAUAAUAAAUGCUUAGUUAGCAGUCGGUGGCUAAUGCUGUUGAACAUACUAGUUGUUUGCUGGGUUCGCGACUCAUGUUACACCAGCACAAAAUCAAAGAACUUACAAAGAGAUGAGACAGAAUCCACUAAUGCUCUGUUCCAACUGAAAUCUGCUUAACCCCCUUAGCUGCUGGCAAAAAAAAAUUUUAAAGUGCUUUCAGAAAAUGACAUUUUUUGGUAUUGCACAUCCUGAUAGCAUUUUUUUUUUUUUGAGAUUUCAAGUAUGUUUGACAUGGGGGUAGUAAAUUCACGACUAGUUAUAAAAUACACAAAUUUAGGCGCUGAUGGAAGGUUCCGUCCAUCUAAUUUCGAUCAUUGCCACGUGUAGCACAACUAUCGUCGUAGUAGACGACAUCAAAGUCACUGGAUGUGUCUAUAGUAUGGGAAACACUGCCAUCGCUGUCAAUGCUUUUAUGCAGCGGAAAAUCAUCUUUGGAGCUUGAUGACUCAAUCAAAUGAAAGCCGCACUUUGGCAACAGGUGCGAUUACACACUAAUGGCCAUCACCAUCUUUAAAACCUCUACUGGACAAACCUAGAAGAACGGGAGUAUGUAGGCCCCCUAGUGGCCAAAGAGGGAACUCGCGAGAACAUCAAAAUAGAUUGGACCAUUCGGUCCAUUAUUGGCACUUGGAAAGAGCAUCCAAACACGUGGACGAGACACAUCUCAGCAUUAAUUGCAAAACAAAAAUGUCACCAAGUAAGUCUAAUCCACUGCAAUCAAAGGUAUAACGCAGGGCUCGGAACUGUAAAAUGCUGCAUUAUUACUGCACAUGCGUGCCAUUUAAUACCCUCUAUCUCCAUUUCUUUGUGGUACCAAUAGAAGCGGGGCUAAUGCGAUUAUGGCCUUUCGAGAUGCUAAGCACCUUGAAGACCAUCCUUAAGGUUUCCAAAAAAGGACAGAGGUUCACAUAAAGAUGGAGGCUUGAAGUGAUCCAACACUGGUCGAACAAAGGAUGUCGCUGGAGUAUAAGUUUCAACAGGCCCCCUUGUUGGAAGAUUGACUUCACUGGCAUCACUCGUUUGACAAGCGUUGAUCACAAUCUGUGAGGUCCCGAUUUAAACUGAUGUAGUUCAUGUGUGUUAUCAAAACGCAGACACCUCGAUCAGCAAUCGGGGUGUGCAGACGUUCAAAACUUCCAAAUAAUAAAUCAAUUAGUGUUUCAUUCGAUUCUGUCUUUGAAUUGAAUGGUCACUUUACGUGAGUACGAAUAUUUUUCAAAUAGUUUUUUAAUAUUUCGAAAUGUCAGCUGUGCACAAUCAGACAUGAGGUUGGAGCAAGGAUAUGGUAAAUUGCAUCCCCGAAGGCAUAGUAUAGGCAUAAAGCACGACAAUGUGCUUAGUGGAGCAGGCUACAUCGCUCAGAGAGCCAUACUUUACUGGUUAUACAGCGAUCAUUCGCACAUACUGAAGAGCCCUGUGCAUGUGAAGAAACUGCUUAUCUGUUCCUAAUCCUCCAUUUUCUCUUUUAAUAAACAACUGCUUCGUAAUGUACAAGAGAAAUGUGGUAACAAUAUGAAUGCCGGGAUUUGCACAUCAUUUUAGAUCAGUUGUGAAAAUGACUGCUCAUUAUUCGAAAAGUAUUUGAUUCGCUUCUGGCGUUUUUCUAUUCGUAUUCCAUUCAGUGUCUAAAACUACUGUUCACUCACCCCUAGCACAAUCUGCUAGAUGUCGUGGACCUGCUUAUGCGUGCGUGUGGCAUUCUCUCAGCCUAUCCUUUAGACUGCAGACACCAGCGGCAUUUCUUGUGUUUGUGUGUUCUAUUUGUGCGCCAUUUGAUUUUGUGCUGGUAACAUUUAUCUACAAUCGCUUCAGAGCCCUUGUUUCUUUAGUGCAGUCUAGCUGUAGAUGGACCUAAGACUUUUUUUUUUUUUGGCGCACUGCAUAGCAGUGCUACCUUGGAGCAACUACUGUGCUGUGCUUGCAACAAAUGGCGCCACUUCCACUGCAGUUAUGGUGGCAUGCAUGCCUACAGUGAACUCACCAGUACACUAAUGCCACACUGCAUCUCCUCUGUGAGGCUUCAAGAGUGUGCUUCUGUAUUACAGUGUUUGUUGAGAGUUCAGAUUGUGAGUGAAAUGUACUGUUAUGCCAGAAUGAAACGAGGACAGGAAGAAACGAGUAAAACAUCUGGUAUGGGGUGACCCAAAAGUAGCAUAAAAAUUUAAUCAUUUGACAAGUAUAGCGAAUUAAGCGACUGUCAUAGAAAUGCUCUGAAAGACGGAUUUUCUCUAAAACCAAAAAAAUUUUAGUGCUGAAAUAGCUGUAGUGCUGCUGCCACAACUGAAGUGCCUCCUGGUGGUUUUAAAUGUAACUUUGAAGGCAAUAGAAAAAAAAAUUAUUUAAAAAGUUUUGAUUUAUUUUGUGAAAAACGCAUCAUUCUGUUUUAUAUAGUUCACAAUCUAAUGGAUGUUUACCUUAGUUACUUUUGGAUCACUCCAUAUAUGCUUAAUUACCAGAGGUUUGCAAUAUGGGAUGAGCGUAAUAGGGAGCUAAAUGCACUCUAGCCCCAAGAAUCGGCGUUUGGAUGCACUGCACCAGCAUCAUGCACUCGCUGACGAAUGUUCAUGUUUCACUCCGGUGUGAUAGUCCAGCCGGUAAGAUCCAUCUUACUUGGUCAAGCAAUAAUGGGUGCAUAUUGUAUCCGCUUGUUCCGCUGCAGAUGAGACGUGCCUCGGGUUGAGCUGAAUGCUUGUUUAAGGCUGAUGUGAAUUGGGUCAGACAGUGUGAUGUUGUCUGGAUGCAUGCUUUAUCAUCAGUGAUGUCUUAAAUAUACCAUGCUUUCUUUUUUAUUAUCAGUAUUUGCUAAAUGCUGGAUGCAGCAUUUCUUUGGAAUAUUGAUGUGAAAUCUAUAGUGCUUGUGGGCAUUAUGUGAUGAACACUGUUUCCGUCACUUGCAAAUCAAAUGCUUAGUCGGCGGCGUUCCCACGGUACGAGUGCAGAGAAGUGUUUCUCGCAAAUUGAUUGUUUUCUUUGCCACACUAAUUUGUGCGCUAGUGGAGCGGGUCAACGUGAUGACUCCUGGUGCCUUGCUUGCACUCUUCCUGUGGAAUACUGCAUGAAACAGCAUGAAUCACUCUAGUGGGCUUUGUAAGGAAAUAUUUCCCAGCUUCGAGUCUCACUUCUGCGUCGCUGUGGGCAGCUGGAUACGGGUGACAAAAUGGAGGAAAAGAGAAAAUAUGCGAUUGUUGGUGCUUUUUUAUAUAUAUAUAUAUAUAUAUACGAUGUGUUAAGGCCUGCGAAUGAGAUGGUUGUUGCCAUGCGUAUACAAGGUGUUCCAAUAUAAAUUGAAAAAGCAAAUAUUUAGUCAUUUGAACAUUGUAAACAGUAGCAAGGUGUGCUUUUCCCAGAAAGACUCGAUGAAAUGUGGAAUUUAAAAAAAAAAGUAUUGCAGCAGGAGCAGUUACAUUCGUCUCACACAGGUGGUGCUGUUACCGCUUAACUGAUGUGCUAUCUGUUGGUGACAAACGUAGCCGCUCUUGCUAUUGGAUCUGGUUAAAUAAAAAGUGCCACAUUCUUCUGUGCUUCGAGAAAAACUGCAUCGUGCUUUGGUCUAUACUUUUCAAAGGUGGCAGUUCAUGAUUAAUUCUGGCAGCCUUGGUGUGCUGCUUAGACUUCUUACAGUGCCACUGCUCGGUUGCGCUUUUUUUUUUUAAUAUAAACCUGGAUCAGUUCUGAAUGGAUCACGUUCUGCUGUAAUGCUGUGUUCUUUUUUUUUUUUUUUACAUUGCUGCGUUCAGCUGUCAGUUUUGUAUGGCAGGCACGCACUGGAAACUGUGUGAUUUGACAAAUUGCCCACUGAAAGGCUCGCUCUUUUUUUUUUUUUUUUUCUUCACAACCCUAAUAAAAAUGUUUCAUUGU